UGUUAACAUUUUAUGUUUUCAAUUUUCUCAUUAUGUAUUGUGUUGUAUUGCAGAUUUUGGCUCCUCUUCCCAUUGGGUUUGCCGUGUUCUUGGUUCAUUUGGCCACCAUCCCCAUCACGGGAACAGGCAUAAAUCCAGCAAGGAGCCUCGGUGCCGCCAUCAUCUACAACAGAGACCGUGCAUGGGAUGACCACUGGAUCUUCUGGGUAGGACCCUUCAUUGGAGCUGCUCUUGCUGCUUUGUAUCACCAAUUAGUCAUCAGAGCCAUUCCUUUCAAGACCGGGGCCUAGUUUUUGUAAUUCGAGUUUUGUGCCAUGUCUCGCAUCCACAUGACUUCAACAUUUUCUUUCCGUCUCUUCUUCACGUGGAUUUAAUGUUUAAGUGUUAAUUAUGUGUGUAAAUUAUCAGGAACUGCUGUAUUAUGUUCUUACCAAUGAGCUUAGAAAUGCAUGCAUUCUUUUAUCCUUUUUUGCGCA